AUGCAAUAUUCCUGGCCCGGUGGCUAUUGCCCGCCUAUCCCAGCAUGGAGGUCCACGGCGCUUCUCGUCAUAAAUAGCCAAUACGGAUAUCGCGAUCCUUCAUGGGGCGACGGUGCUUCCAACCCCGAUUACGAGAAGAACGUUUCCAGUCUCAUUGCCAAGUUUCGCAGUUAUUCCGAGACUACGCCCGAGGACGAACUGCCUCUCAUUAUCCACGCCCAGCUCAAGCCAAUAUGGGUCAACUCUCCAUUAUACCCUGGAAAGACCGGUCCUUACGGCCCUACUGCUUCGCUUGAGUCAGCCAACUCUUCCCGCUCACCAUCUAAUGAAGUCAUAAUAACUUGCCGCGGGCCCAACGUCUUCAGCAACACGCCUCUGGAAUCCUUGUUGAAAAAGAGAAACAUAAGAACGCUGCUCGUCGCUGGAAUCUCAACAGACCACGCUGUUAGCACCACCGUUCGUUCAGCUUAUGAUCUAGCCAUGGAUGGGAGAUGGGGAGGGCCGGGCUAUAUUGAAGAUACCUUCAGAUGGCUGCAUACGGAUGGGGCCGGGGUAUAUGGGCAGAAGAAGCACGUUUUCGGCGGCAACCAAGAAGUCAGUCAAGAAGAUCUGGUUGACUACGCUGUAGAUAUGGCGAGGAUCAUCUUGAUUGGUGACGGAACAAGAUGUUUUGGUAAAGGAGGUGUCGAUGCUGACAUGGUCCAUCGAGUUCAUGUCGAAAGCUUGAAUGCAUUUGCCGAGGUGAUAAACACUGCUACUGUCUUGCGCCAAUUGUAUCAAGACGAAAGAUGGAAAAAAUGGACGUUCUCCUAG